CCUCCUCCACCUCCUCCUCUCUUCAAGUACAAUACAGAGAAAACCUUCAAGAUCAGAAAUGGCUUUCCACCUAAGAUCGAUAAGUUUGCCUUCAAGGCCUCAGGCCAACGAGGCCGAAGUCGAGCAAGAGCUGCUGAGCCUAGAGGCAAGCAUCUCUUCCUCCGCCACCAUCGGCACUAUGUGUGAUGGUCUCAGGAGGCUUGGAGACAUCUACAACGGUGUUGAAGAGAUUAUUGGCCUGCCAAGCAACCAAGUUGGGAAGAUGUUGAAUGGAGAGAUGGAUAGCUCUCUUGAGCUGUUGGAUCUCUGCAGCAUCAUGCAAGAGAUCUUCGUAGAGAUGAAGGCCAUCAUCCAAGAGCUGCAAGCGGCUCUAAGAAAAGGAGAUGAUGCAGCUGCUCAAGCCAACAUCCAAUCUUAUACUCGUUUGGCGAAGAAGGCCAAGAAACUUUUCAAGAAGACCACGAAGAAGGCUACUUCUGCGGGUUGCAGGAUGGUCAUGAUAUUUACCAAGGGUAGGGAGAUAUCAGUAUCUCUGCUGGAGUCCUCAGUCCAUCUCUUGUUGAAGGAAAUCGAUAUGCCUAAACAGUCCCUUGUCUCCAAAGUAUUUCACAAGAAGAAGGCAGUUGUUUGCGAGGAGGAUCUAUUGCAGGAGUUAGAGUGCAGUAUUGGAGAUCUUGAGAAUGCUGCAGGACAUUUGUUCAGGAAACUAGUCCACAUCAGGGUUUCUCUCCUGAACAUUCUUAGCUCGUAGAUACUUCCACACCACUCUUGGCAUCCUGUGAUUGGCAUCCGCCUUUUUGAGGACUAGCUGAUCUUGGUACAGUUUUUCUAAUAUGUAGUUAUGUAUAGAAUACAGAUGUACAGGAAAUUAUAGAGAGAAAAACCAA